AUAACCGUACCGCUUUGAGACUUGCCAUGCAUGAAUGUCAUGCCUGAGCAAAGUAACGAUUACCGCGUGGUGGUCUUCGGGGCCGCCAGCGUGGGCAAGAGCUCGCUGGUGUGCAGGUUUGUCCACGGGACGUUCUCAGAGAGCUACAUCCCCACCGUGGAGGACACCUACCAGCAGGUGAUCAGCUGUAACAAGAGCAUCUGCACCCUUCAGAUUACGGACACCACGGGGAGCCACCAGUUCCCCGCCAUGCAGAGGUUAUCUAUAUCCAAGGGGCAUGCCUUCAUCCUGGUGUACUCCAUCACCAGCAAGCAGUCCCUACUGGAACUCAAACCUAUCUUCGACCAGAUCUGUCAGAUCAAGGGGAACUUGCAGAACAUUCCCGUCAUGUUGGUCGGGAACAAGUGCGACGAAACCGGACAGAGGGAGGUGAACAUGGAAGAGGGGACGGCCAUCGCCAAGUCGUGGAACUGUGCCUUCCUGGAGACGUCGGCGAAAACCAACCAGAACGUUACCGAGCUCUUCGAGGAGCUCCUGAAAAUGGAGAAGCGUUGGUUCAUGAGCCUUAACCUGGAGAACAAGAAGUACCGAAAGAUUCACUGCCCCUGUAUGUAGCAGAUGAUGGGACGUCAAAAACCGUAACUGUCUCUACCAAUGCUGCCUACAUGUACAAGAAAAACAGAAGAAAUCAAACGCAGGGC